CGAAAGUUCCCUUUCUUUCUCCUCCUCAUCCUUCUACUCCGCCUUCUCUCCAUCCUUCCCUCCCCACGCUCUCGCGGUUUCUGACUUCUUCCGAGUCGAAAGAAACGUGGGUCGAUCUGAAAACGGAAGCAGCGACAAAAUUCCCAGUCAAGAACAAAUCCUCCUCCGUCUUCGAAAUCAAAUACGCCUGAAUCGUUUUUUGAAGCGAACCUGGGAAGCAAUGGAGUCAGAUCUUGAGCAACCCUCUUCAAUGUUUCAUGGUCAGCAGCAGCAGCAGAUGAAUUCUGGUUUGACACGGUAUCGAUCGGCGCCGAGCUCGUAUUUUACGGAUAUUAUAGACAAGGAAUUUUAUGAGGACAUGUUCAAUCGGCCUUCCAGCCCCGAAACGGAGCGGAUUUUUUCACGGUUUAUUAAUAGUCUUGCUAAUGAGUCAGAAGAUGCACCGGCUCAAUAUCUUUCUGCUGCUCGACAAAAUUCUGCGGUGAAGGAAGAGAUGGAUCAGCAGUCUCAAGUGAUGCCUCCCGUAAACAGUGAACCGGUGGCUCUCCACCAUCACCAGCCGCAGCAGCAGCAGAACAGUAUUAGUAAUUUUGUUUCUGCUCCGCAGAAUCUUUUCCAAAGCUCGGGACGUCCACCUUUGCCGAAUCAGAGCCUGACUUCAUCAGCUACGGACGGAGCCUAUCCUAGAGGAGGUCAUCGAGUGCCACAUAUGAAGGCUCCUGAUCCAAAUAAUUCCAGUCUAAUCAGGCACAAUAGCUCUCCUGCAGGACUCUUUUCCACCAUAAACAUUGAAAGCUAUGCUAUGAGAGGCACGGGCAUAUCGGGAGCUGGUAAUAACGCAAGCGAAGAAGCAAACUUCUCUGCUGCGAUGAGGAUGAAAAAUCCGCCAAAAUACUCAACAGGCCUAAUGUCUUCCAUAGCUGAAGCUGGGGAUAAAGGCAAAACAGAACAGAAUCAAGACACUGAAUCUUUUGCUGAUAGCCAAGUUAAUGAGUUCAUCACAGGUUUCCCCGCAGGCUCUUGGGACGAUUCUGCACUCAUGUCUGACAAUACUUCUGGACUAAAAAGAUUUAGAGACGAGGACGCAAAAACUUUUUCGGGUCAGACUCAGAACGAGACGGGCAGCCAACCUCGUCCUUCUCCUCUGGCUCAUCAUCUCAGCUUGCCAAAAACUUCAGCGGAAAUGGCAGCCAUUGAAAAGUUUCUGCAGUUCUCAGAUUCCGUUCCCUGUAAAAUUCGUGCCAAGAGAGGCUGCGCCACUCACCCAAGAAGCAUUGCCGAAAGGGUUAGAAGAACUAAGAUCAGUGAGCGUAUGAGGAAGCUGCAAGAUCUGGUCCCCAACAUGGACAAACAAACAAACACAGCAGACAUGUUGGACUUGGCUGUCGACUACAUUAAAGAACUUCAAAAGAAGGUUCAGACACUUUCAGACAGUCACGCAAAGUGCACGUGUCCACACAAGCAGGGGCAGUGACGGAGAUGAGGGAGAAUUAAUACAACUGCAUCAUUGUACAGAUUUGUAGUAAUAUGUUUUAGAAGAUUGAAAGAAAAGCAGGAUAGAGAGUUUGCUCAUAACAACUAACCGUGAGAUGGAACAGAUAGCAGGCAUGGUUGUACAAAUUGGUGUAAGAUUAUUUGUUUUAGGGUGGGUAAGAGAGGAGUUAAUGUGGCUUGCUUGUUUCCUGAUGGAAUAGUAAAGAGAUGUGUUGUUGUAUGGGUUCGCUUUCGCAUUAAACGGGAAGGUUAACGUCAUGGAGGGUCCGACGCGGCCAUAUGAUGUGAGGCUUCAGUUGUGCUUUUUCCCCUUUUACUCUCCAUAUUUGGGUUUCUCCAAUAAGUCUUUUCGGUGGUGGUUGUUCCAUUUUCGAAACUCAUUAUCCUAAUCCGUUUGAAUGGUGGCUAUUGCCCCUCCCCUUUUUAUUUCUGUUGGGCCCAUUAUUGCCAAUUUGGAUUUCAGUGCUUUAGGUUAUUAUUCCUUUACCCUGGUU